UGGUUGGCUGGGUGUGUGUUAUUAAGGCAUUCAUUAGUAAAGAACUGGGGAAGUGUCACAACAGCUAGCUAACCUAGCUCUGACACCACACGGAUAACUGUAGUCGUCACGGAUAGCCAAAGCGUGGUGGUGGGAUCAUACCCUUGACCACUGCAACCUUCUUAGACAGAGAGACGUAAGCUCCAGUUGCUGGUUGGAGUCUCUGAAAGGCUGUUUUUUCUGAUGUUGAGUCAGUGUCGUGUUUGAUUUAAACAUCAGUCUCUGGAACACAUACAUCAAAUCUCUGGGAGACAGAAAGAGAAGAACAUGGGAGUCGCUAACUCUAGGGACUACCAUCCGUACCACCCCUCACAGUCUCCCAUCAAGGUGGUGCUGAAAAGACGCAAUGAGCCCCUGAAGAAGGAGUGCACUAAAUGGAAGAGUGAGUACCCUAUGACGGAGGGCCAGCUGAGGAGUAAGAGGGAUGAGUUUUGGGACACGGCUCCAGCCUUCGACGGCAGGAAGGAGAUUUGGGAUGCGCUCCGAGCGGCAGCAGUGGCCGCAGAGGUUAACGACCUGGAACUGGCUCAGGCCAUAGUGGACGGAGCCUGCAUCACACUACCACACGGUACGCUGACAGAGAGUUAUGACGAGCUGGGGAACCGCUACCAGCUUCCUGCCUACACUCUAGCCCCUCCUGCCAACCUCAUCACUGAAUGCACCAAUGAGAGCCAAGCUCCCGAUCAAAAGGAGCAGAAAAAGCCUCCCCCUCCUCCCAAAGAGGAGUUCCAGCUACGAGUACGCCUCUCGUGCGGCAAGGACCUACGUAUAAGCGCCUCCAUGUCAGACUCCAUUUCCCAGCUGAAGAGAGCCCUGGAGGGGCAGGAGGACAUUGAAGCCGCCCACCAACGCUGGUUCUUUGCAGGGAAACUGCUAACAGACAAGACACGGCUCCAGGACACCAAGAUACAAAAAGACUUUGUGGUCCAGGUCAUCGUGAACAACUACUCACCCGUAACCAAACUCAUACCAAACUGAGAGAGAGAGAGAGAGAGAUAACUUAUUUGAGAGAGAGAGCGAGAGAGAGAGAGAGAGAGAGAGAGAGAUAACUUAUUUUUAUUGGACAUGUUCAGAUAGUUCCUCCAAAUUCCGGACCACUUUCUUACAUUUCAUGCCUAGUGGACACGACCCUGGACUGUUGGUUACUGCAAAGGAAUUGUGGCUCUAAUAUUUCAUAAUUUCUUUGCUUUUGUAUUUCUUAUCCUCUUUUUGUAUUUUCCUAAUGAUCCCACAUUGUUACUGAGUGAAAAUACACAAAUGAUGUGUAGCCUGGCAAAGCACUGACAAACUGUAGACUGAACUGGAAGAGAAUCAUGGCAUAAGGAGAAGAACACUUACUACAGUGUGUCUGUCUGUCUACAGUUUAUCCACUACCAUUACACCUCUGUCCCCUACAGUAUAUUCAUUAUUUUCCUUGUGAGUGUGUUCAUGUGGAACUUUGAACUGUGAAUAGGGUUGGACAGUGGAAAGUAUCCUGCCUGACGAUACAAAUAUUCUAUUGGAUCUCUAUUUAUACUGAAAGCCAUUCUAUUUGUACUAUUUCUAUUGUCUGAUCUUUACAUAAUGGUAAAAAAUAAUAAUGACAGAUUUAUGAAAGAAAGUUUACAUACUGUUUCAAUGCUUGUUUGAUUGUGAAUAUUUAUAUAUUUAAUAAGCAGAAAUGUCUUUUUAAGUGAAAAUGUUCAUGAAAAGUCAACAAUUUGAGGAGCAAGUGAAUAUCCUGGUUUAUAAGGUGAAAAUAGCUGGUUUGAUUUUCAUCGAUUUUUCCAACCAAGUAUGGAUAACAUGCUGUAGUUUUGUAUGCUCCAAAGUGCACUAAAAG